CACGCGCACACAGUUUUCCACCCGUCGGUCUUCCAGGGAGAGGAAGUACCAUGCGUCCUAGUACGUCUUGAAAAGACAUUAAGAGGAGUAAUUACUUUCUAAAUAACUGUUCUGCCAGACAGAGUCAAGUUUUCUGCUGGAUAUAUCGGAAGACGACAGUUAGAAACAGUCGGAAACGGUUCAUUUACCGCAGGGAGGCGACUGACGAGCCUGAGCCCUGAGUCUCUGGAAGCUGCACUGCAGGAUCGGCGGUGAAACGCAGGAGACAGUCAGUGUCCCGUCGCCGGAAAAUGAGCACCCAGCUGGCCUGCUGCUGUGGCCCUGCUCCCUGCACCCUGUGCUGCGACUCGUGCCCCAAGAUCAAACAGUCCACAGGAACCCGUUUCAUGUACACUCUUUACUUCCUGCUGGUCACCGCUGUUUGCAUGGUCAUGAUGUCACCCACCAUGGAAAAAGUGAUGCGGGAAAAUAUACCCUACUUUUCUGAAAUGUGUUACAAAAUUGGUGCUGGUGAGAACUGCGAUGUUCUGGUGGGCUACUCAGCGGUCUACAAGGUCUGCUUUGGCAUGUCCUGCUUCUUCUUCAUCUUCGCAGUCUUCACCUUCCAGGUGCGCAAGAGCCGGGGCUGCCGGGCAGCCAUCCACAAUGGUUUCUGGUUCUGGAAAUUCCUGGCAUUAGUUGCUUGCUGUGCAACAGGAUUCUUUAUUCCAAAUGUAGAUAAAUUCCUUGAAGUGUGGCGCUAUGUGGGUGCAUCUGGAGGGUUUCUCUUCUUGCUCAUCCAGCUCAUGCUCCUGGUGGACUUUGCACACCGAUGGAACAACAACUGGACUGCUGGUGUUCAGAACAACAAGUUGUGGUACGCGGCACUGGCCCUCGUGACCCUGGUGCUCUUCUCUGUGGCCGUAGGGGCCCUGGUCUUCAUGGCCUUGUACUACACCCACCCCGAGGCCUGCUUCCUCAACAAGGUCUUCCUGGGGAUCAAUGGCAGCCUCUGCUUGCUCGUGUCACUGCUAGCCAUCUCGCCUGCCAUGCAAAGGUUGCAGUCCACCUCCGGCCUCCUACAGUCGGGGGUCAUCAGCGUGUACGUCAUGUACCUCACCUUUUCUGCCUUCUCCAGCAAGCCUAUAGAAACGGUUGAAGAAAAUGGAAAGAGCGUCCACGUCUGUGUCUUCCCCUUCAACUCUGGGUCCGAGAGUGACAACAAAAUAGUGUCAGGUGUUGGCACUGUCCUUCUGGUCGGCUGUGUGUUGUACUCCUGUUUGACCUCCACAACCAGGACAAGCUCUGUUGCUUUGGGUGUGAGCAGGGCCACAGCACUACAGAAUGAGAGGGCUCGCUGUUGUUUCUGCUUUGGUCAAGAUGGGGACUCUGAAGAGAAUGUGGAAGGCAUGAAUGACGAGAAGGCGGGAACCAUGUACAGCUACUGCUACUUUCACUUUGUAUUCUUUCUGGGGUCCAUGUAUGUCAUGAUGACUGUUACCAACUGGUUUCAUUACGACAGUGCCAAGAUUGAGAAAAUUCUGGAAGGGAGCUGGUCUGUGUUCUGGAUCAAGAUGGCAUCUUGCUGGGUGUGUCUGCUGCUCUACACAGGAACCAUUGUAGCUCCCAUACUUUGUCCUAGGAGAUUUGAAGCCUAAUACUCAUCUGCACUACAUUGGUGACUCUUUUUUUUUUUUUUUUUUUUAAAGAUUAAAAUUACCAUCAUUUGAUUUUCAUGUUUGUAUUCGGUAUCAUUAAUAUUUUAGAACUAUUUAGUCCAGCUUUACUGAGGUCUUUGGCCCUUAAUUUUUUU